AUGGCCGGUGGGGCUGCCUCCAUGAGUCCUACCAGCCCUGUCAGCUCUCGUCAUGGUCAUGGCCAUGCUAACAGCAAUGGUAUUAAGCGUAAGAGAAGUAGCAUGGCCGGCAUUGGCAGUAGCCCAGGCAGUGACAUUGAUGACCACGACCACGACGCUGAACAAGAGAAGAAGCGCCAGCCCGGUGUGAAACGAGCGUGCAAUGAGUGCCGUCAGCAAAAGUUGCGAUGCGAUGUUGUGCAAGAUCCGUUCCAAAGCUGUUCCAGAUGUAACCGCCUAAAGCUAGAAUGCAAGAUCGAGUCGAAUUUCAAGCGAGUUGGCAAGAGAUCCAAGCAUGCCGAGAUGGAGAAGGAGAUUGAUCGCCUGCGUCGCAAUCUUGCCAGCGCAAAGUCGCAAGGCUUCACACCCGAGGGCGACGACGAUAUGGACUCUCCCGCUGCGAUGAGCAAUCCGACUUACACUCACACCCACACCCGAAAUCCUUCUUUAAUGGGCUCCGAUGAGGCUGUCUCAUCUCUUCUGCAUCUCAAGCGCGGCGGCAACUACAACAUGCCUCGGUAUUCGCAUGAACUGGAAAACGUUCAGCUGACCGAAGACAAUGUGAACAGCCUAUUCCACCAGUUCUUCCAAUUCUACCAUCCUUUCUUGCCAUUCCUCAACCCCGACCAGGCCCCCGACUUGUAUUAUCAACAGCAUCCACUCCUUUUCUGGUCCAUUGUCUCGGUUGCCGCUCGACGGUAUAGUCCAACUAAUGUGCCGGCACUUCUCAACAAUCUCUCAGGGCCCCUAACACGGUUUCUGUGGUCAACGAUUGGAGAGGUCCCGAGCAAUUACUACGUGGUCAAAGCCAUGUGUCUGCUGUGUACCUGGCCACUGCCUACGAGUACCACUUCGUCCGACCCUACGCACAUUCUGUGUGGAGUCAUGAUGAAGACGGCUACCGGAAUAGGUCUCCAUCGCCCCAAUAACAUUCAAGACUUUUCUAGAGUGUCAGUUGAGUUGAACAAGGAACAGCUCAGUGAUCGUGUAACCACAUGGGCGGUUUGCAACAUUGUUGCGCAGUCCGUUGGAACCGGAUACGGACAGCCAGCAUCAACCCUCUACGACUGGACUCUUGCUUCAAAGCUAGGAGAGGAGAGCGCUUUCCAGCUUUCUCGAGAACUCGAGGCCCGAUUACAGAUUGAAAGGUUCUGUGACAAGGUGUCGAAAGAGAUGUACAGUAACGCCAGUGACCCUCGUGGAGUUGCGGGCGACGAGCAUCGAGCAAUGCUGAUGCGUGUUUAUCGUCGUGACUAUGCAGAGCUACACGCUUCUGUCUUGUCGCGAGAGCUGGGACACAUUGUAAAUCUGCAUCUCAGGGCGGCAUGUCUUCACAUGCGUUUGGCAGGAUUCUUCGAUUCUAGCAAGACACCGGGCUACAUGGACGAUUUGAUGGGCUUAUGGCGCGCCACUACGACUUUCCUUGACGAGGUGCUUCAAGCUGACAAAGUCACGAGCCCGGGGGGCAACCUUGGUGGGAACCUGCUCCUACAUUGCAGCAACUACAUUGGCCAGAUGAUGGUUGCCGCAGGAUUUGCCCUUCUGAAGCUCAUGAGAUCUUUCUUCGCAAAAACAAUCGACUUCCAGCGCGGUCGAACGCUUUUCCAUCAGACUAUUCGAGCCAUCAGGGCUACCAGUGUUGUACAUAACGAUUUACAAUGGCGGUUGGCUGAACUCAUGGUGCAGAUGUGGAACGGCGCUCGGCUCGACAACAACCAACACCACUUCAACAGCAAUGACGACUUACCUAUACAGAUGGACGAUAGCCUGCAGCUCAAGGUCCGAUGCCGCCACAGCAUGAGUUUAGUGUUCGAUUCGGUCUGGAGGUGGAGAGAAGACUUCCAGGCAAUGGGACGAGGUACUAUAGAUGCAGCCAAACAACCGACAAAUCCAGAUUCGGCUAAUGAGUCAUCAGCUUCGUCGACACACAUGGACAGCACCCUCGUAUCCUCGCACACUCUACCGCCCUCAAGCCUUCUCAACACCAACCCUAACGGCAACCAUGCCUCAAACGGCGCUUUAACUCCUGGAGCUACAGUUCCACCUGUUUCCUCGGCUCAUAGCAUGAUGACGGGUGUCAGCUACGGAGACACAACGAACUUUGACUUCUUCGAUCCUCAGAACUGGAUGUUGGACGGCCUUCUUGACUUUAACUAUUCCUUCGCGCCAGCCCUGGAAGGUGUCUAG